GCCAAACUCCUCCUUUUCCGCCUUCCUGCCUUUGAUUUCCGGCGGCCUUCCUUCCUUCCCUCUUGGGCAGGGGAGGCUCAAGGCCUUGUGAAACUGGAACUCCCACCAUCCCCUCGCCUGGAGCCACGACGUUGCAGGAAGAAAUUCCCUGUUCAACUCAGGAACACGUCUCUUCACUGCCAGAAUUGCCUUUAUUGAUUCCUUCUAUUGGAUAAGGAAAAAACAGCAACCCUUUGCUCCUGCACAUUCAGAGGUUGGGCAACUCUGUUGUUCAAGGUAUUUGCCUGGAAGCAACAAUAGUGACUCUCUUCAUCCCAGAACUGAAGUUUGGUUUGAAGAGAGGAAGGGAAUGGAGGAGCUGAAUACUGCAAAUCUGGAACAAGGAACGCCAAGAGAAAGAGGGAAUGCCAGAAGCAGGAAUCAGUCCAAAUAUGUGACCGAGGAGCCAAUGUGGAAAGCGCCAAAAGAUGGCAACGAGCUUCCAGGUGAAAGGAUGCAGCAGCUCUGGGAAGCCCAAUGGCAGGAGUUCCUGAAGGCCCUCCAGUCGCCUUCCUCUGCAUGGGGAAGCCUUCCGCUAGCACAGGAAAUGCCGUGGGAAGAUGCCAAGGCUUUCCUGGCCUCCUUCGAGCAAGUGGCCAAAGCCUGUCGGUGGCCAAAGGAAGAGUGGGUGGCCCGGCUGUUGCCCGCAUUGAGCGGAGAAGCAGAGCAGGCCUUUCAGAGCCUGGAAGCCGGAGACAGGAAUGAUUAUGGGAAAGUGAAGGCAGCCAUCUUGAGAACGGAGGCCCUGAGAGUCGAGCUGCACCGCCAGCAUUUUCGGCAGUUCUGCUGCCAAGAGAUAGAGGACCCGCGAAGGGUGUACAGUCAAGUCCAGGAGCUUUGCAGUCGUUGGCUGAAGCCGGAGAGACACAGCAAGGAGCAGAUCCUGGAGCUGCUGGUCCUGGAGCAAUUCCUGGCCAGUCUUCCCCAAGACCUGCAAGGAUGGAUCCGAGGCACAGGGCCGGAGACCUGUUCCCAGGCUGUGGCCCUGGCAGAGGACUUCCUCCUCAAGAGGCAGGAAGUGGUUGAUUCCGCCAAAUGGCAGGGUCUGCUGGACCACAAAGACAUAGGCACCUCUUUGCAGAGUGUUGAGCAGACACUGUCCCAGCCAGGCCAACAGACCAUCUUCUGGCAAGUCCUGCAGGAGGAGGGUAGAAGCACCCAGCCAUUUGGUGAGGUGAAGGCAACUUCUCUCAAGGUGGAGGUAUCUCAGCAUGAAGGGGAUGAGCUGGAGGAGAGGCCCGGGGCAGUGCCACUUGUAAACCAAGGAGAUGGACUGUUGACGGCAGAGACGUGUGGACAAAGAAGUGAUGAAAAGAGAUGCUGGAUCCAAGCAGGGGCCUCUGAGCCAGGGGAAUCUUUGCCAAAGGAAAGUCACAAGGUGCGGGCAGAAACUUUUCAUCAGAGUGUCCCCAUGGCACCCAAAAUCCAUGACCCCAGAUAUGGGUCUGGGAGACAACAGAGAAGAAAGCCACCAAAUGAGGACGACAAAGAACCCAGUGGGCUGACUCAAAGACUUAAAUGUGCUACUGAUGAAACCUCCCAGGUUCCUGUAGAAGGAAUAAAGGCCUUGCUUCCCAAGAGUGCAAGAAAAUCCUGCUACAAAUCUGAUCUUGGGGUCACAGGUCUAGUGCAAAGCCCUAUGGCAUGCCCCAUGUCAGGGGAAGAUAUCUGGACGAGAUCGUUUCUCAGUCAGCCUCAGGAAUCCUUUAAAGGAGAGAACCAGCAAAUCACUUCUGAAUGUGGGGAAAGUCCUCAUCAAAGAUAUGUUUCUGUUCAACUCCAGAAUAUCCACUCAGGAAAGAAACAUUAUGAGUGUCUGACGGAUAGGAGAAGCUUUAGACACAAACAGACUUUGAAAAAGUAUCGGAAGGGUGAUUCAAGGAGAGAGUUGUAUAUAUGCACUCUGUGUGGGAAAAGCUUUUCUACUAGGGCAGAAUUAACCAGACAUCAGAGAAUCCAUACUGGAGAGAAACCAUACAAAUGUCUUGAGUGUGGGAGAAGUUUUAACCGCAGGGAGAACUUGAUGAGACACCAGAGGAUUCAUACUGGUGAAAAACCAUACGAAUGCCCUUGGUGUGGGAGGUGUUUCAGAUGGAAAGAACAGUUGGCUCAUCAUCAGAAAAGCCAUGUUGGAGAGUAAAGCAAAACUGAUUGCAUAUUUGAGAACUCAAGAUGGAGAUCUUACAGUGAGACAUUUCUCCUGAUUUGCCACCCUGGCAAAUACCAUCCAUCCACCUUGCCCUUGGUCGGCCCCUCUUCCUUUUUCCUUCCAUUUUCCCCAGCAUCGUUGUCUUCUGUAAGCUUUCCUGCCUUCUCAUUACGAGGCCAAAAUACUUCAUCUUUGCCUCUACUAUCCUUCCCUCCAAUGAGCAGUCGGGCUUUAUUUCCUGAAGUAUGGACUGGUUGGAUCUUCUCGCGGUCCAAGGCACUCUCAGGGUUUUCCUCCAGCACUACAGUUCAAAAGCAUCUCUCUUCCUUCGCUCAGCCUUCCUGAUGGUCCAGCUCUCACAUCCAUAGAUAACUACGGGGAAUACCAACAACGAGGAUCCGGUACUCUGGUGAGUGGAAAGAGAAUUUUCCCUGAUUUUUCCCAAUAAAUCUCACCAAAGUUGAAGAAAAGCCACCGAGUUGUAUUUAUUUCGUCCAGCUGGUACGGAUGUCAAACCGCGAUAGUUCGUUAGGAGAGACAUACAUUCAAUACAUUGCAGUACAUUUUUAUAGAAAAACAGAGCUGUCAAAGUUCAAAUUUCCCGCCCCCUGCCCCUCAGCCAGCAUUCUCCUGAUUGGUUGUUGUCAUCAGCUAGGGAGGAGGUGCGGCCGGCUUAACCGCGCCUUGGCCAAUCAGAAAGCCAGUGCCGCUUCGAGCUCUCAACCAGUGGGAGCGGAGGAGGUGGUCCUUGGGAUGAACAAUCAGAGGAAUGACCAGAUGAUUGAAUUGAAAUAACUUGAUGUGUCCUAAUGGCUAGCGAUAAAUCAAAUAAUAGAUUCCUCAAGACGGUCGGGUCUCUUGAAAGGGUGAGAUAUGCAGAUAUGGCUGGCACGAUCGCCAAGCCCUGGUAUUUCCUUGUCACAGAGAUUGGAUCAUCUUGUUCUUAUGUUUCUCUCAGUCCAUGGGAAAAUGAGAAAAGGAAGGAAAACUGGGACAUCCUGGCUUCCCUUGAAAGCAGGAUGUCUCUGUUGGUAGAUGACUAGUUCACCAGGGGGCUCCCCUCAAGCGAGGAGAGACUCUAGGGGGCCAGGUUAUUAUCAUGCAAUCAGUCUUUGUUUAAAACCUUGAAUCAAUAGGGAAAUGCCUUGGGAAAUGGGCUAUCCAAGGCUGAUGUCAUGCUGGAGGUCACAAAAAGGUGGCUUCCCCAUAUUUCAUAUACAGACAUACACACAGGGGUCAGGGGAGAUACAUAAGGGAUAAUGAAGCAUAAGGGAAUUUCAGAUACACCCAUCCCACCCACUAGAGUCCAGAAGUCCACAAAACCAU